AGCAGGGGGCCUGAGGACUGGAAUUGAGAAGCACUGGGUUAGAAGAAGAAGCAAACAAUGUCUCGGGUGUCAGAACCAGAACCUGGGUCGGCAAAGUAUUCACUUCCUGUUCCGCCAACCCGACGAACGGCGGCCAGUCAGGAAGAGUUGAUCUGAAAAGUGUGGCAUGCUUGUUGUUAAACACCAGAACCUCUUCAGAACCUUGUGACUGCAUCAUCGUUGCUAUGGUGAUGGCCCCUCCAGAAGCUGCUGUUGGGUCAGAGAUGAUUUCUUGUGGUUCUAGUGGUCCUGGUUCCGGUCCAUUAUCAGUGUUCUGUGGCGUCAGUGUAUUUGUGUCGCAUCAUAUUUGUUCCCAGGAUUCAGAGGUCAGAGUCCGGUCGGUUCCUGCGGGGAACUGGAGAAUGGGCCAGGUAUCGACCCGAGGUUCUGUUUGCGCCGCGAGGUCGACGGCCGGCAGAGAGCAAUCUGUUGCGUCAUUUCAUCGGAACAGAAGCGGGUCGGGCAGCGGGUCGAGAUUAACCCCCGACGGGCCGGGGAGGCUAGUUAGCCUCGUUAGCUGCUGAUCCGUCUUCCCACAGCAUGGUGCUGCCACCACCUUGCUUCACUGUAUGGAUGCUGUGUUCAGGUUGUUACUUUCCCCCACUAGGGCCAGGAAGUUCUGUUUGGACCGGGUCAGAACCUGCAGGUUUUGAAGCUGAUUCCAACAGACUUUAAUCGAUCGCAGCUUGUUGCUCUGAUGCUGAUCUCUGUUUGCCUUCGCGUGACGAACGCAGCCGCCCCCCCCCAGCACCAGUAUACCCACCACUAUGCCCUCCCAGUAAAUGCUGCAGCCUGUCUGGUUCUGGUUACUGGUGGAGAGGAGUGGGAGGGGGGCGUUCCCGCUCGGCCCCCGGCCUCGGCCAAUGGGAGCGCUGCGUCUGGAGGUUUUGCUGCUCAGCAUCUAUAAAAGCAGCUUUGAUCUGCUGGAUGAGAUCCUGAGCGGUUCUCCAGCAGCCAGACGUUAGUGGUUCUGGUUCUAGUGGUUCUGGUUCCAGUGGUCCUUUUGGAUAAAAUCCUGAGCAGUUCUCCAGCAGCCAGACGUUCAGCAGAUAUUGCAGCAGGAAGUUUUGAUGAGCUGCUGCUGGACUGGAUGCCAGUUACUCUAGAUGGACAACCAGGCCUACUUGGUUCAGAUGAAGAGCAAGCCCCUGACCUUGAGCGGGAAGGUCGGCGGCCCGUUUCCGGCCAAGCCGCGCAGCCGCAGGCAGCGCUGGGAGGUGAAGCCGUCGGAAAUGUCCCGCAACACGUUGAACCCGAUCCGGGCCAUUGUGGACGGGAUGAAGCUGAUCCCCAACCCGGCCAAGCCCAUGAUCUCUCUGUCCAUCGGUGACCCCACUGUGUUUGGGAACCUGCCGACGGACGCCGCCGUCCUCCAGGCCAUGAAGGACGCCAUCGACUCUCAGAGAUUCAACGGCUACGCUCCGUCUGUGGGCUACCUGAGGAGCCGGCAGGCCGUGGCAAACUUCUGCAGCCGACCUGAAGCUCCACUGGAGGCAGAGGACGUCAUCCUGACCAGCGGCUGCAGCCAGGCCAUUGAGCUGUCCAUCGGCGUCCUGUGUAACCCAGGAGACAACAUCCUGGUCCCUCGGCCCGGCUUCUCCUUGUAUAAGACGCUGGCCAUCUCCAUGGGCAUCGAGGUCAAAUUCUACGACCUUUUGCCUGAGAAGUCGUGGGAGAUCGACCUGCAACACCUGGAGAGCCUGGUGGACGAGAGGACUUCCUGUCUGAUCGUCACCAACCCGUCCAACCCCUGCGGCUCCGUUUUCAGCCGAGAACACCUGCAGAACAUCCUGACAGUUGCCUCCAAGCUCUGUGUUCCCAUCCUGGCGGAUGAAAUCUACAGCGACAUGGUUUUCCCAGGAUGCAACAGUCCUUCCCUGGCGUCUCUCAGCAGCGAGGUUCCGGUUCUGGCCUGCGGGGGCUUGGCCAAGCGCUGGCUGGUUCCAGGCUGGAGGAUGGGCUGGAUCCUCAUCCACGACCGGAACCGGGUCUUCGGAUCGGAGAUCCGCCAGGGCCUGGUGAGGCUGAGCCAGCGCAUCCUGGGAGCCUGCACCGUCGUCCAGGGGGCGCUAGAGAGCAUCCUGAAUGACACGCCGCCCGGCUUCUACAGCAGCACCAUCAGCUGCCUGCAGUCCAAUGCAGAGAUCUGCUUCAGUGAGCUGAGCGCCGUCCCGGGCCUCAACCCCGUCAUGCCGUCCGGAGCCAUGUACCUGAUGGUCGGGAUUGAAAUGGACCAUUUCCCAGAGUUUCAGAACGAUGUGGACUUCACGGAGCGCCUGGUGACGGAGCAGUCCGUCUUCUGCCUGCCCGCCUCGGCGUUCGAGUAUCCAGACUUCUUCCGCAUCGUUCUGACGGUUCCAGAGGAGCUGAUGCUGGAGGCCUGCGGCCGGAUCCGUGAGUUCUGCCGGGCCUGGUAUCGACCGCCCAGCUGCGACGGCAACGACCUGGACCAGUGACCCGGCUGGUUCUGACCCGGCUAGUCCUCGUCCACAUCGUGUCCUCUUUGAUGCUGGGAGGUUCAGGGACGUCGCCUAAUAUUUAUAUUUUAUACAGGCAGCAAAUAUUAAAAUAUUACCCUCCAUUGUUUUUGUAUAUUUAUAAACUGAGUCUGGAUGUGAUCUAUUAAGGAGUUAUUAGUGAUCUAUUAAUGCUAAAAUAGGUGCGGCCCAGCUGGUUCUGAUCCGAUUCUUCAGAUCUUCUGGUUCACCAUGCUAUGCUGAACUUGCUACCGUUUCCUGUUUAUCAUAAACUGAUUUUUCUGUUGCUGUUUCUGGUUGUCUAAUAAAACUGUGUCAUAGCCGCUG